UCCAAUCUGAAAAUUAUGAAUAAUUGAUCCGAAAAUCAGAUAACAAUGACCACUUGACAAGGGUCCAAUUCCUGCGAAUACCCAACGUGUCAUUGAAAUUCCAUUUUCGCUCUCCUAAUCAACCACUAAUCAACUUCUAUUCCAAAAAAAAAAGGAAAAAAAAAAAAACCCCACUAAUCAACUUAUUAUCAAAUCUCCAGCAGCAGAAAACAGAAUUCCAGUAGCAAGCAAACUUAGGGUUCGUAAUUUCCCCCAAAAUCCCCAAAUUGAUCCCUCUCAAAUCUCAAUGAUCAGCUAAAAACCCUAAAAUUAACCGAGGAAAAUGUCAUCUCUACCACUAUCCCAAUCUCUCGAAAUCCCAAUUUCAUCAGAAUUAAAUUCUUCAGCCGAAACUAUCAGUAUCAAACCAGAUGAUCAUCAAGUUUACAACUGGUUGUUGAAUUGCCAUGGAUUUUGGCACAAUAUCUUGCUAAUUUUACCUUCCGCUUUAUUCCUUUUGUACUUAGCAUUUCAAGUGAAGAAGAGCUACAGGAAGCUUUGGGUUGGAAGGUCGCACAUUAUUAAUUCGUAUUAUGGGAUUGUUUGGCUUGUUAGUCUCCUUAAUUUCACUUGGUGUUGUCUUCAGACUUGGGAGUGUACUCCAGGAAAGACACUACCAUGGAACCUUCUAUCACUAUUCACUACUUCAGGGUUACUUUUUCUGGAAGUGAGUUUGAUUGCAUUUCUUCUACAAGGAAAUUAUGCGAGUGGGACAGAAGCUUUGACUCGUACUUUUGCUAUCUCUGCCAUCUUAGUUGGUUUUGAUGUCUUUCUGAAGGGAAUUUAUGUAUUUGCAUUUGGAGUCCCAUUGUUCAUUGAGAAUAAUGAGGCGCAUCGAAUGAAGUGGGGUUUGUGGAUUGUGCACAAGCUAGUGCUGACUGCGGUCUAUGGCUUCAUACUUUUCAUGUACCAUUCCAGCUGGAGAGAAAGACUGCCUGCAAGACCUGCAUAUCACAAGUACAUUACUAUCAUGUUCGGUGUAAAUGCGUUGGCUCUUUUUGCUUGUGUUCUCAGUGGAAGUGGUUUUGGGUUCUGGCUGUACGACACCCUAGAUAUAUGCUACCAUGCAUUUUACCUUCCUCUCAUAUACGUCACCUUUUUAGCAGAUUUCUUUCAGGAGGAAGACUUGAAUUUGGAGCAUGUAUACUACUCAGAGAUGAAAGAUGCUGGGUUCUUUGAUUCUGAUUGGGACUAAAGACAGCUCUAACCUUUUUGUUUGCUGCUUGUAACUUUUUAGUUUGUAAAUAGAAUUGCUCGUGUAGUCGUGUAUGUUAGUAUAAAUAAGUAUACUAAUUGUUAUGUAGAAUCUCCUUUGUUUUAAUUUUAAUGCUCAACACACUACUCUACAAUGUAAAUGGAGGCUGAGACAUUUGCCAUCUUUAAUUCUUAUUAACAGUGUAUCCGUGAAAAGUACUCAGUAAGUCUGUAUUACCCUAAAAUAUGUGCUUGUUUAAUGGCAGAAGGAAAAAUUCUCAGAGUGACUUA